ACAUAUGAGAAGCACAGUCUUUCCCCUAGUAUCUUGGAAGUUCCGUGCUGACGUCAUCAAACGGCGACAUUUGCCAGCGCUGGGACCUGUAAACUGCUGAUAGCAACAAGAAAGAGGCGAUAGGUCGGGAGGGAAGUACUGCUGGAGCGUGUGCCCCCUGAUAACCGCAUCCUGUGUAUCUCAGCUCAUUCAUCCUGACGCCUGGUCAUGAGCACGCAGUAUAGUAUCCUGCAUAAGCAAGAGCAAGCCCAUACUGAUGCCAUAUGGUCUGUAGCAUGGGGGAAGAAUAAAAAUGACGGAACAGAAACUGUAAUUAGUGGUUCCCUAGAUGAUUUGGUGAAAAUUUGGAAAUGGGCUGAUGAGCAUCUAGAAUUACAAUGGACACUUGAAGGCCACCAGCUAGGGGUGGUGUCUGUGGAUGUGAGUCCCAAUGGUAACAUUGCAGCCUCUAGUUCUUUAGAUGCUCACAUUCGACUCUGGGACCUUGAGUCUGGCAAGCAAAUCCGUUCCAUUGAUGCCGGACCGGUGGAUGCUUGGUCUGUUGCAUUUUCACCGGACUCGCAGCAUUUGGCAACUGGAAGUCAUGUAGGAAAAGUGAACAUCUUUGGUGUAGAGACUGGAAAGAAAGAAUACUCCCUGGACACCAGAGGGAAAUUUAUCCUUAGUAUUGCUUAUAGCCCAGAUGGAAAGUAUUUGGCUAGCGGUGCCAUAGAUGGGAUUAUCAAUAUCUUUGAUAUUGCUACUGGGAAACUGCUCCACACGUUGGAAGGACAUGCUAUGCCUAUCAGAUCAUUAACUUUCUCCCCGGAUUCUCAGCUGCUGGUUACAGGCUCUGAUGAUGGAUAUAUUAAGAUCUAUGAUGUACAACACGCCAGUUUGGCUGGAACGCUCAGUGGUCAUGGCUCCUGGGUGCUGAAUGUGGCUUUCUCUCCUGAUGAUGCUCACUUUGUCUCUAGUUCCUCUGACAAAAGUGUAAAAGUUUGGGACGUUGCCAGCAGAACAUGUGUACAUACCUUCUUUGACCACCAAGAACAGGUUUGGGGUGUACAGUACAAUAGGAAUGGAUCAAAAAUUGCCUCCGCUGGAGACGACCAGGAAAUUCACAUUUAUGACUGUCCCAUUUAGAACCUGUGAUCUCGCCUUCAUGAGAGCAGGGACUGACCUCUACCAUUCCAACGUAACUGUUCCUAAUAUAGACUGUCAUUGGAUCAGACCAUCGGAAGCCUAUUUAUUUGGAUGAAAUAUCAUGAUGCUGCAUUACAUGAACCAGCUUGUAACAGAAGUGGCUUUUG